AUGGACACACUAUCUUCGGUUAUUGCUGCUCUUGACGCUGGCAAACUCCCCAACCAACAGCAGGCGGAUGCCGCAAUCGACUGGAUACUCCAGAAUAUCGUCGCGAGGGUCGAAUCCUCCGAUGCCGGAAAUCUGAGCGAGCCAGGCAAAGCCCUUGCGUAUGGCAUACAAGACCUCCUCAUUGCGUACAAGACGCUUGGGAAUAACAAAAAUUAUGACAACCUCUUACAAGACGUCCUCUGGCAUCUCUCUGAGGGAGAUUUCGCAGACACGCGCGUAGAAGCAAUUGAUACGGAAGAGGCUUCUGCCGACCUCCAAUCUAUCCGCUCCGCCAUCCGCACUCUUCUACAAAUUCUUUGGACCAAUGUCAGCGGUGAAGGAAGCGUCCUCCUGGACGACUUUGCGUCCUUUGCGCGUCUCGCUAUGGCCGACCUCGCAGGGGUCAUUGAAACUGGAUCUGCGUACGCCAAGGAAAGUUUACGCGAGUUCGACACGAAGGUGCAGCAGGGCGAACGGGACAAUUUGGGGCGGAAGCGCCAGACCCCGGAAGAACUGGAACAGAAGCGCGAAGAAGAUACGAAGAAGAAAUUUGAGCAGACGAUGGAUACUGCGAAAGAGGCCGGAUCCAAGGCUAUAGGUGUCGGGCAGGACGUUAAGGCAUCUGCUGAAGAAAUGGUUGAGCGCACUCGUGCUCGUCUGCAGGAGACUUACUACAAUAUUUGUGAACGUGCGCAGAAGGACAAGGAAUACCGCCGCGCCCUCUCUACACUUUUCGACACCGUGUCAAAGUGGAUCAAUAAGUCUCUUGAUACUGCCGCUGACAUCAACCAGUCAACGUCGCUCGAGUCUUCCAUCGACGAUCCUUCUGAAGAGAAACAUAUUCUCGAAGCGCUUUGUGGCAUCCGCACUCUCGUCGAGCGUGCUGCUGGUGGCAAGUCCCUGGAUGACGUCUUCGCCCAGUUCCGCCUGUGCGCUGUUCACGUCAGGAAUGACAAAGACCUAAAGAGGUGGUUUAACGAUUUCUUUGCUCACGUCCGGAAGAGUCUCGACGAGCCUGGAUAUGCACGGUCAGAAGAAGCACAACAGGUGCAUCGACGACUUGGCGAGCGUUGGAAGCAGCUUCUUGACCAAGAUUCGGUUGCGGGACGUAAGUGGAAAGAGGACGUGCGGGUUCUCAGGGAGCAGCUUCGUGCUUUUCAACACGCGGUCACAAGCGAUGUUGACUUGCAACGUAUGCGGAAGGCACAUGUUGCGUUCGGUAGGGAUUUGGCGCAGAGCAUUGGUAUGGCCGGACAGACGGGUAUGCAGUUUGCCCUCGAUCAUGCUUCGUGGUUCUGGCAGGACGUGUUCAACGUCUAUGUGCCACGCAUUUUGCGCGUCAUCAAAAACAUCCCAAUCCCAAGAACUGAGUUCGUCGACAACGAGAUCGAAUUUGUGUUGGAGAAUCUCAACGUCUCGUCGCUGAGCUUGCUCCCUGGACACGUCUACAUCCGCAAUAUCACAGAUGUCGACAUUACCGCACCCGCUGGGUCGCAGUCAACAACCACUGCCUUUGGCACCCUCACGCACAUACGGAUGCAAGCAGUUCAGCUCGCGCUCAAGGAGGUCUCAUUCUUCUACAGGGACAAGCUUGCUACUGUCGGGCCCAAGGAGUUUACGGGUCUGAUGGAGUUCAUUCUCCCCCCAAAGGGGAUUGAUAUUGACCUCAAGUUCCGCUUGAUCCCAAACACGCCUGAGGGUCUCAAGGAGCGCGAGCGUCUUGGACGGUUCUUCAAAAUCGAGCGCAUCGAGGUGACUUUGGCGGAAGAUAUCGACUUGGAAAUUAAGCAGUCCAAUCAUCCCAUCUUGACAUCCGUCUUCAAGCCUGUCUUCAUGCUUCGCUUCCGCGAUGCAAUUUCACGCACUCUGGAGGAGCAGAUCCGGGGGCUGUUUGAUACUGCUGACGCUUUGGCAUUUGAUAUUGGGCGGCGCUCAGAGGUGUUCCAGGAUGCUGGGCUUGGGACUUCGUCGUCUGUCGUUGCUGCAAUGUGGAGCGAGAUAGGGAAGCUUCGUCGGAUGGAAGGUGGCCUGUUGUCUGGGUGGAGAGCGACUGGAACGGGAAUUGUCAAGGAUGAUCUGGGCGGCAACGCGAAGAUUGCGAUGGGCGCAGAGCCUCAGAUUCUUUCGGGGGAGAAGAGAGGUCCUUUGGGGACUCAUGCGGAGCCGCUUGCAGAAAGGAUUCCGGGCGCGGAUGUAGGAGGUGCCUUGGAAGGUGCGAAGACUACUGUUGAACGAGUGGAGCGUGCCGGGAGGGAAGGAUUAAAGCAGGUGCAGAGUUUCAAGCAAAGCGUCGAGCACAAAAAGUUGGAGGAGGAGAAGCGGAGGGGGUGGAAAAGUCCAGCAUUCGAUCUCUAA